GGGUCAAAAAUGAAACUAAACAGAACAUCGGGGAAGAUUCCACCUCCACAGAAACAUAUCUUUUGUUGUGUAACUGCGACCUAUUGUCAGACUAGCGGGGAGGCUGACUGACUGCAAGAAGAAAAACAUCGAGUUUCUCUUCCACUAAAGUGAAAGUAGGGGAGUGUGUAGGUUUUGAAAUGCUGCGACAGUGAUUCACCUGUUGGUCCCUCCCGGAUGCGUUAGUACAUGAAACUAUCUGAGGUUUUUUACAGCUGACUUCACAUGAGAUCUGUAGCGCGACUCAGCUGACACCACAUCAAACUGUCCACGAUGUCUGAUUUCAAAACUCUCGUUUUCUUUGACCUGGAGACCACUGGAUUAGACACUGCAGUAUGUGACAUCAUCCAGUUGUCGGCCAUCUGUGGAGAGAAGGUCUUUAACGUCUACACCCUCCCCCGCCGUGCCCUCACUGAGAGCGCAAAAAAUGUCACAGGGUUCACCGUCAGUCAAGGCACCCUGUUUCUCCACGGGAAUCCUGUGGAGACUAUACCUCUUGUUGAAGCUCUCACCUCCUUCAUGGCCUUCCUUUGCUCCUUCCACCGCCCUGUGGUGCUGGCGGCCCACAGUGCAAGGCGGUUUGACGCACCUGUGCUCACCAGAGUGCUGCGACAGUUCUCCCUCCGGCAGGAGUUCCAGCAGGUGGUGUCCGGGUUUCUGGAUACCUUCCUACUAAGCAAGAACCUCUAUCGGGGUCUGGGCAGUUAUUCUCAGAAAAACUUGGUCCGCCACUAUCUCGGAAAGACCUACAACGCCCAUAAUGCUAUGGAGGACGCCAGGAUGCUGCAGGAGCUGUUCAACUCGUGGAGUCCUAACAGAUGUGAUGUCUUGAGAUUUAUCUACAGGUCGUCCCUAGCAUUUUAAAAAGGCUGCAAGACAAAAAAGAGGAAACCAAUACUCCGCUUAGAAGUUAACCUUUUCAAUUUUGUACUCAUCAUGUGUCAGACAUUCAGAAAAACAGUUCUUGUGAUUAGAGACAAAUAAUGCUUGUUACACCCCAAACCCCAAAUAAUGUACUGUAACAUGUCUCAUACUCACACGAGCUGUACUUGUUUGUCUUCCCAGCAAAUUGUAGCCCCAAAAAAAUAUUAAACAUCCAUUUAAUUCUUCUAGACAAUUUGGUAUUUUUUAAAUUAUUAUUUGCACUAAACUUCCUACAGAGUAGCCUCAGUAGACCAGCAUGCAACUCAGCCGUAAGGCUUGUUGUGUUUAAUUUUAAAAGCAUUUUUUCAUGCGAUCAUUAUCUUUAUUCCCUGUUCUACCUUCAGUACUGUAUACGUGUAAUAACGAAAAAAGACUUUUCUCCAAGGGUUUGUCGCACAUGCAGCACUUUAGGAAAUUCAGGAAAUCACUAUCUAGAAUGAGAUUAGAGAGGUGAGAUAAAAAAGGAUCUACUGUAUGUGGUUUAAGCAAGGAUGUUUAAUGUUGAUUUGCUGACUUUUGUACAUGUUUCAACAUAUAAAUCUCUCCUCUGAAAUAUUUCAAAAGCACUUUCUGAUGGAUUAUGAAUUCUUGUUUAAUAAGAAAUUAGUCUGUGUACAUAAUAUACAUCAUAGUGUAGAUAAAGUGUUAAAAGUGAUGAAAAUGAUGCUUUGCUUAAAAUAUAAUUCAUUUGCUUGUAUGUAUUAUAAUAGCAGAGUAGAGUUUUUUAAAAGAAAUAUAUGAAACUGAUAUCUACAACCAAAAUACCACAAAACAUGAUCAAAAAGUUAGAGAGACUGUAACGAAUUUGUUGUUGAUACAUUUAAGGAAUACUUGCAAUGAGAUAAUUUAUCCAAUCAUGAAUAUGUUUUAAAAAUGGGGAAUAAACAUUACAUUUAUUCAUUUAGCUGACGCUUAUCCAAAGCAACUUACAAUUGCUGUAUACGUCAGAGUUAGGGUCGCACAUCUUCGGAGCAACUAGGGGUUAAGUGUCUUGCUCAGGGACACUUUGGUGAAUGUGUCACAGUGGGAAUCGAACCCAGGUCUCUCACAUCAAAAGAAUGUGUCUCAUCCACUGCCCAUCACCACCUCAAAAAGAUUACAUUGAAAGUAAGAAACAAUAUUGUUGUUAUUAAAAUGUAUACAAUCUCACCAAAUAUCCCUCUAAAUAAAUAUAAUGAAGUGUA